AUGCAGAAUGAGUGAGAAAUGUAGACAUGGCCCAUGUGACCUGCUGACGUUACCGUCGGCUCAUAAAGGGAAUUUCAGGGAAUGAUCGCUGCUGCUCAAGAAGGGAUCCACGGUUCCUCUCUGACGUCUGCUUUAAGGAAGUCCGAAAGGCUGGUCUACAGCCCCUACUGAUAUUGAUUGAAGUCUUCAUCCGACAUCCAGACAAAAGUAGCACUACGAUGUCUGGCGAAGAACAGAGAGAGGGACAAGAGGCCAUGAACGUCUACAGCAUUACCCUAGCUGGCCCGGCACCAUGGGGCUUCAGACUGCAGGGUGGGAAGGACUUCAGCAUGCCCCUCACUGUUUCAAGGUUGACCCCAGGAGGGAAGGCGGCCCAGGCAGGGGUGGGGGUCGGAGACUGGGUGGUGUCCAUCGGUGAGAUCAACGCGGAGGACAUGACCCAUGUGGAGGCUCAGAACCAGAUCCGCGCGGCCACAGACUCGCUCAGCCUCAGCCUCAGCAGGGCUUUCAAUGCCGGCGGCGAGCAGAAGGGUUCAAUUGCCCGUGCCUCGGUUCAGCCCAAAUACUCCUUUGCCCCCAGCACCGCCAUUAACAAGAUGGCGAGACCAUUUGCAGCAGGGGGUGCUAGUAGCAACUCGGGCCCUGUUAUUAAGCCUGUGGCCUACUCCCCUAAGCUUAACACUCAGCGCUCGCAUGGUCUGGGCAGUGUACAGCAGCCACGCAAUGGUGUUGAGCCAACCCAGUCCACUGCCAAGACCCAGGCACCAGAUAAACCUGCUGGAUCCAUGAGCCAGGCGGCCCCCCCCGACAGCUCCGGCCCGUCCUGCCGGCCCCCGUGGGUCACCGACCCGGGCUUCGCCGACCGCUACCGGCCGGACAAGACGUCCACGGUGCUGACGCAGCACCGGCAGCCAGUGCAGCCCACCCCCAUGGAGAACCGCAGCUCUAUCCUGCAAGCGGCCCAGAGCGCCCCCGAGGACAGCGGCCGGACCCCCGUGUGCGGGGCCUGUGACAAAAUCAUCAGGGGACGGUACCUGGUUGCGCUGGGGCGUUCUUGGCACCCCGAGGAGUUCACGUGUUCCCAGUGCAAGGUAGUCCUGGAGGAAGGGGGCUUCUUCGAGGAGAGGGGCUCUGUCUUCUGCACCAAGUGUUACGACAACCGCUACGCGCCCAACUGCGCCAAGUGCAAAAAGAAAAUCGCUGGGGAAAUCAUGCAUGCCCUGAAGAUGACCUACCAUGUGGAGUGUUUCAAGUGUGCGGCAUGCAGGACUCCAAUCAGAAACCAGGCCUUCUACAUGGAGGAGGGAGAGCCCUACUGCGAGAGAGACUAUGAGAAGAUGUUUGGCACCAAAUGCCACGGCUGUGACUUCAAGAUUGAUGCCGGGGAUCGGUUCCUGGAGGCCUUGGGCUACAGUUGGCACGACACCUGCUUCGUCUGUGCCCUGUGCCAGAUGAACCUGGAGGGGAAGACCUUCUACUCCAAGAAGGAUAAGCCGCUCUGCAAAGGCCAUGCCUUCGCCCCGGUGUGAGGCGCUUAGCCCGGGAGAGGUGCUUCUGUCGGGGGAAGAGACACCCAGAGAGCUCCACUCACUCGCCACCCUCCUCCCCUCAUACUCCCCUACUCUUCCUCAUCCUCUCCCUCCUCCUCAACCCAACUUCUUCCCCUCAGGCGAAACCACACACACACACACACACACACACACACACACACA